GUCCCCCCAAUAAACUCACUCACCUUAAGAAGAUCACUCUCAGUUUCUCUAUUUCUUCCAUCUUUUCCCUAUACCUGUUUUCUGAAAGCAAGCUUAUACUUGAUAACAAUGGGCAAUAAACGCAGAGCAAUGAUGAUUCUAGUGGUAAUUAUGAUGGUGUUCUCAUGGAGGAUGUGUGAAGCGGAAGGCUUACGAAGAUACUCAUCAUCAAGACCACAGAGAUUUUUCAAGGUGAGAAGACCAAAUCCACAUCAUCAUCAUCGUAAUCAAGGUUUCAUUUAUGAUGACUACCCUCCAGAAAGUUUCUCAGGGUUUUUGCCCAAGACAUUACCAAUUCCACCUUCUGCUCCUUCCAAGAAACACAACGUCUACGGUUUACAGAGAAUUAAUUAUUGCAAUCGCUCAUUGCCAAUUUCCAUCGAGAAACCAACUCAAGGUCGAGCUAUUUUUGGACGCACGCCUACUUAUUUUACUUGUAUCAUAGUUUGGAGAAUAUGUACCCUAUAUAUAUAUAUGAUGAACUCAUGAUUGAAUAAUUUGUAUUAAUGCAUCAUGUUGAUGUACUUCUUUGUUCUCUCUAUAACAAAA